GGGGAACUGUCUAUAUUAUAUCAACGAUAUGUUGUUGCGUCGGGAUCUAUGGAGGACCAGGAACCCUUCCGUCUCGUCGUUUGCGAUUUGGAUGGCACACUGCUGGAUGGUGAGCACUCCGGCGGAAGCUUCAGCGAAGAGACCAAGAAGGUCUUGAAGCAGGUCAUAAGCUUUGCAUGCCCCUUGGUUUUGGCGACGGCCCGUGGUAUCUCUGAGCUGCCUCCCUUGGAUGGUUUGCCGGAGCCAUUGUUUUUGAUUCUCUAUGGUGGCGCUGUUUGCAUGGAACUUCGCGACGGCACCUUCCACCAGCUGGAAGCACAGCAGCUGUCUCGAAGAGAGGCAGGCGAAGCCGUGAGAGCAGCAGAAGCUGAAGGGGCAAGCCUUUGGCUCUUCCAGCCCGAUCAGGUGCACAUCAAAUUCGGUGUCAAAGGUGUUGAGGAGAGCUUCGGCAUUUGUCGAAUGGUUGGAUGGAGCAGCAUGUCGCCGCCGAGGCGAAAUCGGUGCAUGCGAAGCUGGAAGACCUGGAAGCUGUACUGGCGGAGGACCGAUCGUUGGAGGUCGUGGCCGUGCUGCCUGAACCGGAUGCUGCCAAAGAGCGGUUGGAGCGGAGGCUACAAGGAGCUGGCAUGCAGGUGGACGUCCUAUCUCAGGCGCCCGAUCCCUUUGUGUCCAUCAAAGCCUCAGGCGUGGACAAAGGCUCGGGCCUUCGUCGAUUGUGUGCUCACUUGGCUUUGACGCCCAGCUUUGCUGUGGCCUUUGGCGACGGUGGGAACGACAUUCCACUGCUGACCACCGCUGGCUAUGGCGUGGCCGUGGCCAAUGCCAGGGAAACGCUAAAGGCGGUGGCCUCGAAGACUUCGACCUGGAGAAACACGGAGGAUGCCGUGGCGCAAGAGCUGCUUCUGCUGGCGCAGCGACGCCUCCUGGCGGCCACGCGCGGUGCCGCGGUGAACGCGCGGUGACGUGGUGCGGAGAAAAAGAGUCGGACCACGGAGCAGUCGCAGUCGCCUGGUGAGUCGUGUUGAGUCAGUGUUGGGGCUCCGAGUCUCAUGGGAAAGGCAUGGAUAUGACCAUUGAUGACCC